CGCGAAACGUAAACAAUUAAUUGCAACCGUUCUUUCUGGGGAUGGUCCCAAAUUUAAUGAAAGGAUUCUAUCAUACGUAAACAAAAUAUUACAGUGAUGAAGAUUGAAGAGCUUAUUAUUGAUGGAUUCAAGUCAUAUGCGGUACGAACCGUAAUUAGCAAUUGGGAUGAUCAGUUCAAUGCCAUUACGGGACUUAAUGGAUCAGGAAAAAGCAAUAUUUUAGAUGCCAUUUGCUUUGUCCUUGGUUUAACAAAUAUGAGCACAGUUCGCGCUCAAAAUUUGCAAGAUCUUAUUUAUAAACGAGGUCAAGCUGGUAUAACAAAAGCAAGCGUAACAAUUGUAUUCAACAAUCGGGAUCCAUCCACGUCUCCUAUUGGGUUUGAGGAUCAUCCUCAAGUUAGUGUUACCAGACAAGUCAUUAUGGGUGGUACCAGUAAAUAUUUGAUCAACGGUCAUCGUGCUUUACAGCAAAAUGUACAAAACUUGUUUCAGUCUGUUCAAUUGAAUAUCAAUAAUCCAAACUUUUUAAUUAUGCAAGGACGGAUUACGAAGGUCCUAAACAUGAAGUCCAUUGAAAUUUUAUCUAUGAUCGAGGAAGCUUCCGGAACUAGAAUGUUUGAAGAGCGAAAAGAAAAAGCUUUUCGUACGAUGCAGAGGAAAGAAGCUAAGGUAGAUGAAAUUAACACUCUUCUCCGAGAAGAGAUCGAACCCCGACUUGCUAAAUUACGAUCAGAGAAAAAAACAUUCUUGGAAUAUCAGCAUGUGUACAAUGACAUAGAAAGGCUAAGCCAAUUAUGUAUUGCAUUUGAUUACCAUAAUCUGUCGCUAAAGUUAGAGCAUCUGGAGAAACAGGUUGGCCAAAAACAAAGCAGCAUUGCAGAAACUGAAUCAUCCAUUUUAAAAUCUAGAGAGGAAAUUAAAUCCUUGGAAAAGAAAAUAAAGGAUUUAGAGAAGCUAUGCUCCUCUCAGAUGAGUUCUUCUUCUGAAUAUGCUUCAUUGGAUAGCCAGUUACAGGCAUCAACCGAGAGAAUCACCCGCCUUAGCACUUCUAUUGAAAUUAAGCAAUCAUCUAUGCAAGAAGAGUUACAAAAUCUUAGAAAUCUAAAAGAGAAGCGGACGAAAGCCGACUCUUUGCGCGAAAUGAAAGAGAAAAAAUUUGAAAAAUCACGUUUGCUAUAUGAGCAGAAAAAGCAAGGAUACGAGCAAGUCCUAAAUGCUGUCAAAUCCCAAGAAGAGUUAAUUUCUUCUUUAAGUACCGGUCUUUCUUCUAGCGAAGGUCAUGAAAUCGGUUACUCUAAAAAGCUACACGAGACUAGAGACGAAUUGAACCAAUUAAAUGCCGAGAAGGAGAUUGAACGUAUGAAGCUUCAGAACCUUUCAAAAAGAAUUUCUGAAUUAGAACCGAGAAGGCUAGAAGCGAACAAACGACAACAGCAAAUCGACAAGCAAGUUACUCAAUUACAGCAAGAUGUCACUAAAAUAGAAUCUCGUUUAGAAAAAGUUGCUCACGAUUCCACCAAAGAAAAAAUCUUACGGCAAAAUUUAGACCAGUUGCGCAGAGAGAGAGAGCAGCUAUCAGACGAGGUUGAUACCCUUCAAAGUCGCCUGGCUUAUUUAGAUUUUAGGUACACAGAUCCAAUCCCUAAGUUUGACCGUUCAAAAGUCAAAGGAUUAAUCGCACAACUUUUCAGUUUAAACAAAGAGAAUUAUGGUAAACAAACGGCUUUGGAGAUUACCGCUGGUGGUCGCUUAUAUAACGUUGUUGUCGAGAAUGAAAGAGUAGGUGCACAACUCUUGCAGAACGGAAAUCUAAAGAAGCGUGUUACGAUGAUCCCGUUAAAUAAGAUAUCUAGCUUUGUUGCUUCAGCUGAACGCGUCGGAGCAGCGAAAAAGUUAUCAAAUAAUCGAGCUUACUUAGCCUUAGAAUUAAUUGGUUACGAAGAAGAGCUUUUGCCAGCUAUGCAAUACGUCUUCGGUGCUAGUCUUAUCUGUGAUGAUCCAGAUGUUGCAAAGAAAGUAACUUUUCAUCCUAACGUUCGUUUAAAAAGUGUGACUAUAGAUGGAGAUGUUUAUGAUCCUUCUGGUAUAUUAACUGGUGGAUCAGUGAACAAAACUGCCGGUCCCCUUUUACAAUUACAAAAGCUCCGCGAAGUUUCUGAAAAGCUAAAAGAUAAAGAAAGUGAAUAUUCUAAUUUAAAGAACGAACUAGGGAAAGUUGCUUCUGGAAAUGCUCAAUUCCAUCGGCUUGAGCAAGAACUUCAGUUAAAGCGCCACGAACUAUCACUAAUGGAGGAACAAAAAGUGAAUGAUCCUCUUUGUCGUCUUCUUACUGAAUACUAUGAAUCUAAAGAGGAGUUGAAUACUCUGCGCCGGAAAAUGCCGAACCUAGACCAGAGCAUACAGGAUAAAGAAAAUUCAAUAAAGAAAAUUGAGAAAGACAUGUAUGAGUGGAAAAACAAUAAAGGAUCAAAAAUGACUGAGCUGCAUGACGAGCUUUUGAAGUUGAAGGAAAAGUUGCUAUCCAGUACUAGAAAUGUUGAGGAAGCAGAAAAUGAGUUAAACGGAGCAAAAUUAGACAGAGAAAGCUUUAAUUCUGAGCAAUUACGCUUCAGUGAUAAUGUAUCAUUAUGUGAAAAUAGCAUUUCCUUAUUAAAGGAUGAGCUAAGUGAAUUGGAGCUAACCUUGAAUGAUCAGCAAAGACUCCGAAAAUCACUUAAAGAAAAGCUUGAACAGGAAAGCCUACGGUUUUCUGGAAUUAAUGACGAAUUGAAUACCUUUAAAAAUAAGCUGAAAGGCGUGGAUUCUUAUGUUAAUGAUUUACAACUGGCUAGUCAAAAGUUCAAGCACGAACAUGACCGUUUGGAGCGUGAAAAGAAUGUUGCAGAUGUGGCAUUGAGACAAUUGGACAAGGAACAUCCUUGGAUUCAAGAUCGGAAACAAAAUUUUGGCCAAGAGGCUACGAUGUUUGAUUUUCGUGCUCAAAACUUACGACAGUGUAAAGAACAACUGAAUGCUUUAAAACCGAAAUUUGCUAGUAUGCGGAAGACAAUUAAUCCAAAGGUAAUGGAUAUGAUUGAUGGUGUCGAGAAAAGAGAAGCAAAACUCAAAGCGAUGAUAAGGACGAUACAUCGAGACAAACGUAAAAUUCAAGAGACUGUCUAUAGUAUUGAUACAUUCAAAAAGAAAGCUUUGGAAAAAACCUGGAUUGAAGUCAACGCAGCGUUUGGCGAAAUAUUUGACGAACUCCUGCCCGGUAAUAGUGCUGAACUUCAACCACCUGAAGGAAAGGAAUUUACUAGUGGAUUGGAAAUUCGAGUACGAAUUGGCUCAAUCUGGAAAGAUAGUUUGGCCGAACUAAGUGGUGGACAACGAUCUUUGGUCGCGCUGGCUCUCAUUAUGUCUCUAUUAAAAUAUAAACCUGCGCCUAUGUAUAUUCUUGACGAAAUUGACGCCGCACUAGACUUGAGUCAUACUCAAAAUAUAGGACGCUUGAUAAAGACAAAGUUCAAAGGAUCACAGUUUAUUAUCGUCAGCUUAAAAGAAGGAAUGUUUACCAAUGCUAAUCGAUUAUUUCAUGUACGAUUUUUGGAUGGGAAUUCAGUCGUACAAGCAAGGUAAGGCCGUUCGGUAUUUGUUGUUUUACUUUUUGUUAAAAUGGGCGUUUGAUCAAUUCUUUGUAUAAGGUAACAUAAUUUUCGCUUUUUGUAUUUUUAAAAUUAUUUAAUAAGAUCACGGCUGCUAAUGCUCAUGAGUUGAACCUGUGUAUAUCAUUUUAUGAUUCUGUAACACGAUAUCUAAACAUUUAGGGUA